CAUUUGGAGGGACGGACUGAGACUGAGAAUUGCCAAAUCACUAACAAAGCACACUCUGUCACCCUUCGGAGAGAGAGCGAGAUAUCAAUUCGUCCGACUGGUGAGUUCUGAACUCUGCAGACCUGAUGACCACUUUAAGACAGUUGAAAUCCAAAAUUCCGUUGCGUACUGCUGGCCUCCAUACCUAUCUGUCCUGUGUACCAAAAGGACCCGCAGCACCUCAGACGGGGAGAAGACAACAUGGGACAAGUCCAAGACAAACUGGAAGGGGUUGAAGGAUUAGAAGAAGCAUUGCCUGGAGCUGAAGGCCUGCCUACAGAGGCUGGCGGUGCGGUGGGAGGAAGAGGAGGCACGAGGGAGAAGGAGGUUUGCAGCACAAGACAAUAUUCAGGUAGAGCCAGCCUCCGGGGUUCGGACCAAAGCUCAGAGGAGGAGCCACCUGCACCUUCUAUUGAGCAAAAUGUACACUCCAGGAAACAUUGGGUGAGUCCUUUCAGUGCAUGCAAAUGGAGAGAGGGAGGAGACAACCAAGAAAGGGGAGGAGGAGAGGAGGGCGAAGUAAAGAAAGAGGGAGGCAGCACUUUUCCCUCUGUAACCCAGGAGUCGGACUGGAGCCAGAUGCCAAGGAGUAGGGCGAGGAGUGAGGAGCAGAGGCCCAGAAAGAACCGUCAGUUCAAUCAGUUCUAUCAAACCAAGAGCGGGGGAAUGAACGAGGAGGAGCCUAACACCGAGUCACAGAGAAAGAAGAUGGAAACAUCGUUAUUACAUGACGUGAACUGUGAUGGAGAAACUGUGGAAGAUCAUUGUGUAGAUGGAAGCUCUGAGUCCAAGAUCAGAAAAGGUGGGUUUUGCAAAGGAACUGAGAAUGUGGGUCAUAAAGCAGGGAAGAAGAGGUUGUUGCUGUUGGACCCCCAAGGUCAGAAUGAGACCCCAAGAGGAGAUGAGCAGCAUGAAGAACAUGGUAUCAAAGACAAUGAGCAGGAUUUCGCUCCCAUUGAUCAUGAAGAGGGGGAGACAUACCUAGCCAGAGCGUCGUAUUCAGGGGCCAGUCCGGCUCUGCCGCGCAGUGAGCCCGGCUCCAUCCUCGAGAAGCUGCUGAGUCGGAGCAGAAAGGAAGCGGCUCCGGGACUCUCCAAGAUCAAAGAAGUUGACUUAUUAGAAGAGAACAGCGUAGAGGCUCUCAACCAGACCAAUGUUUCAGAAGCCAUCAAGUUCAACAAUGCGGAACACAACGUCAAAAUAAAAGAUGUUGUAGUCCAAGGGGAAGUCGAGAUGAGAUCAAGCCUGGAUGUCCAAUGGGAUAGGACCUCACCAGAGGACAUUGAGCCAGGGGCUCCUGAGGGAAGCAGACCACAGGUAGUGGCUGGUGAUCUAGUAUUAAAAUCUCCACCUUUUUCUGAGUUGACCUCUAAGUCUUCAGAGGAACAGCAUGGUGGGCACAUGGUUGGCACCCAUAAGACACAUAAUACUCAUACCACUGGGCUUGACAUCGGAACAGGCCAGUAUCCCAAUGAUAACCCCACUUCUGAUGCCAUUAACGCGCAUAUGUCAGAUAAAGGUGGGGUUAGGAUGAGGCUGAAGAGUGAGAAUCAACAGACACCACACGAUGAAACUAAACAUGCUGCAAUGUCUGCCAGAGACGGUGAUGAUAGUGCUGUUGAGAGUGAUCGAUCUCAGGCUACUCCCAAAUCUAGGCCUGUUUCUGAACUCAUAAAGGAAACAAAUCAACUGCAUGAGAAAUUACAUCAUGAUCGGCCCAAGUCGGCUGAAACCAAGCCAGACGUGGCCUUGGAGCAAGCCUACUCUGUAAAGGUUGCCCAGAUGAAAGCAGCGUUCGACAUCGCUCAGAAAUCCCCUGAUAGAGGACUGGAGAGGAAGCCGUCUGUUCGGAAAGGUAAGAAAGACCAUUAUAAGACAAGUUGUAGUAAGAUACAUAUGAUAGAGUUUAGUUGUGAGAAUAAAAGAGCUGGGGAUGCUUUGUUCUAUUAAAAGAAGAAAAAUUUACUCAAGAUGUUUGCCAUUCAACAGAAGCUUUGCCCUUCCUUUACAAUCUACUGCCAUCUGGUGGUGUCCUACAUACAUUUCUGCAUAUGUAAAUUACUUCUAGAGUGGAAAUUAUCCUUACAUUUCAAAUUUGUAUAUAGUGGGAAACAUAAUUACUCACAUCUUCAUCAAUCGAUUCACGACAUAAAUAAUGAAACCUCAUCAAUAAAUGUGGUCAUAUAUAACGUUGAACAUUGAGUUCCCAUGUCAUUAAAAGACAGGGUGCUUAUAGAAUGAACGCCACUCUAAUCCAUUGUCACCCCUUUAUGUCAUCGUAAUUACAGUGCAUCCCCUGUGCGCAUUAC